UAUUUACUGCAGUUGUUUACUUAAAUUAUUACUUUUGCUACUAUUGCAAUUUUAAGUUGCGUUAGUUACUUUAUACAUUGAUUGCACAAUGGAAUACGCUACCAUUGAAGCUGCUAUGCACGAUUUGUGUCGAAUAUGUUUGCAGAAAAUAGAUCAGAAUCAAAACGUGAAUCUGUUCAAUGAAACCGAUGAAUCCAAAGAAAUUAUGGACAAAUUAUAUCACUGUUUCCAAGUUACUUUAUCUGCAGAUAAAGCCAUGCCAUCUUUGAUGUGCGGUGACUGCAUAAAUGAAUUAAACAGUGCUAAUAACUUACGACUUAAAUGCAUGAACCUCAAUGAGAGAUUACAAAUAUUAUACAACGAUUACUUACAAAAUAGCACUAAGGUUGAAAAUGAUCUAUUGUCGUAUGAAGAAAACACAGACUCAGAUUCCCCUAACGAUUAUUUAGAAAAUACUGACCUAAGUAAACAAGCCAGUGAUAAGGUAGAAAGUCAUGAAAGUGAAGUAAAAAAAGUUUCUGAUAGUUUUACAUGUAAUUUGUGUAACAAAGUAUUGAAAACCAAGGUUACACUGUUGAAACAUUAUGUAUCAAUGCAUGAGAAAAGGAAACAUGUUGGUCAAGUGUCAGGAUUUGGUGCGGCUAGACGAUACCACUGCACAUCCUGCUCGUACUCGACACCACACAGCCAGACCUUAGUCAGUCACAUGAGAACACACAAUGGAGAGAGACCAUACACAUGUGAAUGUGGUAAAAGUUUCACCCAGUCAGCCAGCCUUGCUGCACAUCGUAAGACACACAGUACAAGCACAUACUUCACCUGCAGCUUGUGCGGCAAGCAGUUCAAACAUGCAUUUACAAUGAAAAAUCACAUGCGCGUGCAUGAAAUAGCUUCAUUCUCCUGCAAUAUUUGUUUUAAGACAUUGAAAUCUAAAGAAACACUGAAAGCUCAUAUGUAUAGGCAUUAUAAAAUCUGUAAUUACAACUGUGAAGACUGUGGAGACACAUUUGUCACAUCUGCUGAGUUGCAUAAUCACAGAAAGAAACAUAGUGUGGAAAAGAAAAUGCAAUGUCAUUUGUGUGGUUACAAAACACACACUAAGAAAAAUCUAAUUGUUCAUCUGAAAAGACACACAGGCAACAGGACAUUCAAAUGUGACAUGUGCAAUGUAGGCUUUUACACCAAAAGCAAUCUUCGGCGUCAUUUGCGAGUACACACUGGCGACAAACCAUAUUCGUGUCCAACUUGUGGCCAGAAGUUCAGUUACAGUCCAAGUCUGAACAAACACAUGAAAACAAUUCAUGGAGUUGAAUACAAGUGGUCAGACUGGAAAGAAACUAUAGUGAAGCUUGCAGAGAAGGUGGAUGGCAAUCUGCCCGGCUCAACAAAAGAAUUAAAUGUUAAUAAAUAAAAUACCAUUUAAAC